AUGUCUGGCACACAACAAACAAACCAGCAGCCAGCAGUCAGCAUUCAUCAGCAGCAGCAGCAGCAGCAGACGACGUGCGAGCGACUUCUUAAUCGUCAAGUAGGUACAAACACAUUUCGCAAGCAUACGUCUGUCGGCUACACUCUUCUGAAAUUACUAUCUCGAAAGUACAUCGUCAUAGUGCAUCCGUUGAAGUCACGUACUUGGUGCGAUAGUGGCAGAGCCCUGAAGAUCAUCAUCGGCCUGUGGACGCUGGCGGGGCUACUAUCGUCGCCACUCCUGUUUUCGCAGAACUAUCAUUAUUUCAUUGUGAAAUAUGAACAUUUCGUUUCAAUUUAUAAUUUUGGUGUAAAUUUUAUGGUGGCCCAACAAGUCAUAUCUUCGGGUCUCCUAGCUUUUUGCUGA